GACUUCCGUUUUCUUGUUGCGUUUUGUGCCUGUGUUUAGUGUUUGGUCAUCGGUGAUCGGGAAAUCGGUGAAGUUACGAUCGUUCCAGGUUGCUUGUACCACGAUUUGCACAGUUUAAGCGCGAUGGGAUGCGACGGUGGCACAAUCCCACGUCGCGACGAGCUCGUCAGAACCAAGCAGAAGCCCGAACAGAAAGACAAAGAUGCCGAGGCCGUGGCCAAGUGGAAACACUGCGCAAUCACGCAGGAAGAACUCAGACUGCCCAUCGUAUCCUGUGAACUUGGCAGAUUGUACAACAAGGAAGCUGUCAUCGAACACCUUCUCAACAAGGACGCGUCUUGCGAGGCCGCCAUACACAUUCGUUCAAUGAAGGACGUGGUGGAGCUGAAGCCCACCGAGAACCCUGGCUACAAGCGGCGUGACGCUGACAAGGGUGAUGAGUAUGUAGAUCUGAGAGCAUCCAGGUUCAUCUGCCCAGUGGUUGGCCUUGAAAUGAAUGGAAAGUACAAAUUUUGCUACCUUCGACAGUGUGGCUGUGUGCUGUCAGAACGUGCCCUCAAGGAAGUGAAAUCUGAAGUGUGCCAUAAGUGUGGAAAGCCUUUCGAGGAAGAUGACAUUGUUAUUCUCAACGGGUCAGACGAUGACAUUGCUGUAUUGUCAGCACGGAUGGAGCUGCGUCGUGCAAAGGCAAAAGCUGAGAAGAAGUCUAAGAAGCGGGCAACAGACACUGUGGAAGACGGGAAGAAAAAGGCUAAAAUAGAGACUGGAAGUAGCGAAAAGAAUUCUACAGUUGUGAACGGUGGUGCAUCUACUAGCGGCACUUCGAAAUCUGAAGUUGGCGCCGCAACAAAAAUGAUUCUUCCAGAAAAGGCACGCCAUGGGUACAGCAUCGCCAAGGACCCAAACACAAGCGAGGCUUUCAAGUCUUUGUUCACCUCCCAUCCUAAGGCUCUCAAUCAACCAAAGCCGCACUGGGUUACACACAAUCCCUUGUUCUACUGACCAAGUGUACAUAUUUUGCAGUGGUGAACGGACAGCACAUCUUCAAAAGAUAUGUGAAAGCAUGCAGUGAUUAAUAAAAGAGAAAGUCAGAGCUUCAUUUUUUUUCGAA